CUCGUUAGUUUGUAUCAGUGGAUGGUUGUGUUAUCAAUUUCACCGGAAAAUUUAAUUUUGAUCACACGUAGACUGUAAUUAAUAAACUUUUCUGUGACUGAAAGUUACCGUGGAUAACAAGUGUAAUCAGUGAAUUAUUGUCCAACAGAGGGUUUUGUAAUUAUUUCGGCAUGUAAAUGCAAGAUGUUAGCGGGAAGUCGCCUGGCCUGACGCGUUAGAAAUCUGCCAAAAUGAAGCAACUCGACAACAAGAACCUCAUCACGCUCAAAUGCGUGCUCUUCUGUUUUCUAGCAGGUGUGGGCUGCAUAUUCCCUUUCCUGCCACUGCACAUGACCGAGGGCGGCGCGGGCCUGAGCCGCGGCGAGGCGCGCCUGAUAUCGGCUGUCGCGCCGUGCGUGGCGCUCCUCGGACCCGCCAUUCUGGGACAUCUCAUUGAUAAGCUAUCCAUUGGCCGCGGUGCGACCAGCGGCGGAGGACCCAGCGGCUCCGGCCGCCUGCUGCGUAUCGUCACUGCCACCUGCCUUAUCCUGGGGGCCAUCUUCUACACGCUACUAUUGGCCGUACCUUAUACCAACCGCGGCAAUGCUCCCCGCCCGAUCGUGUGGUUCUCUUGCGACGAGAACGGUGCGUAUGUGACGCAAGACAAGUGCUCGGAAGGCAGGCAGUGCCACUACGUUUCCGAGGAGAAGAGGGGCGUAUUGGCCCUGGGACUGUGCGAGUACGGCUGCGGAGACGCCAACAUGACGUGGGUGCGAACCGUGUACCCCACCACCUCCACCCCUAUCAACAUACCCAACAUGUGGAACAAAUACUUCAAUUUCACUCAAGUCGUUUCCGACGACGACGACUACGAUAUCCAAGAGCAUCCACCGCACUUGUGCAUCGACGGGCAAUGCCACGUGUACAUGAACUACAAGUCGCGCAUGGUCGUGCCCAUGGCCAUCCAGCCGUACGACGAACUGUACGACGACAACAACACGGACUACUGCUCGUACCGCAUAGGAGGCGCGAGCUGCACGGUGCCGCCGGGCCGCGUGCCCGACGGCGAGGACUGCAUCCCCACCGUGCGGUGCCAAGUCCUGGACCCCUACGACGAGAAAAACUCCAUCAUGGACCACGCAGAGUGCAAGGUUUACACCGGAGACCCUACCGCCACUUUCUGGACCUACUUCGUUAUAAGGAUCCUCUCCGACAUAUGGCCGACGGCGGCGUUAGCGCUGCUCGGCACGGCCUGCGUCAUCGCCACGCGCGAGACGUCCAUCGGGCGCGGCGACGUGGGCCGGCAGCUGGCCGUCGGGACCAUCGGCCUGGCCAUCUUCCCGCCCAUCGCCGGCGUGGCCGCGGACGCGAUGCCGGACAACCCGUUCCUAGUGCCUUUUAUCAUGCACGCUGUCUUCAUGCUGAUUGGCGCUGCCAUUUUACUGUUGGAUAGCAACAUGCCGUUGUCGACGCCGGAGUGGUGGUGGCACACGUCGACGGGCAUGCUGGCGCUGCCCAUGAACGCGGUGCGGCGUUACGGCGCCGAGACGGCCGCCAUCUUCGCUGUCGUCACCCUGCUCGGCGUGCUGUGGAGCGGCAUCGACUCCUACCUGCCUUGGACGGUGAAGGACCUGAACGGCACGGAGACGGAGAUGGGGCUGACGGUGGCGAUCGGCGCGCUGCCGGCCAUCCCCGCGCUGUGGUGGGCGGAGGCGCUGGUGGACUACGUGGGACACUCCAACGUCUUCAUCACGGCCUUCACCUUCUACUGCCUCCGAUACACUGGUCUGGCGUACAGCACCGACUACACCUGGAUAGCGGUGAUCGAGGCGCUGGAGGUGUUCACCAUGAGCCUGGUGUGGGUGACGGCCGUGCUGUACUUCCGCCACCUCGUGCCGCGCAAGUACACCGCCACCGGCCAGGCGCUGCCGGUCAUCGCGCACUUCUGUAUCGGACGCUGCAUCGGGGCGAUAGUGAGCGGCAUGGUGACGAUGACGCCGCCACUGGAGAGCGCACGCUCGCUGUACCGCGCGCUGGGCGUGGCGGCGCUGCUGGCGGCCGCCGUGUACCUGGCGCUAUACCACCUGCUGCUGGCGCCGCGCUGCGCCGCGCCGCCCGCGCCGCCGCCCACGCACCUGCUGCAAGGCUUAAACAGGAACGGAGGGUCGAACGGCACCUACUCGCCGACGCGAGUCUACCACGAGGAGCGCUCCAGGAAGGGACACUUCCGCUAUUAACAACAUAUCACCCAAUCAAUCUUACAAAGAACUAUAUGAACUCUUUUCACUGCCAACAUUAAGCACAAUAGACAAUGCCGAACAAUUUUCAGCUCGAACAAGCCUACUUUCUCACUCCCUGGAGUGAGGAAAGUGCGACUUUCGUCACUCCAGGGAGUGAAACAAAAUAGCUUUUUAAUUUAGUGAAGGCCAUGAACUGCCACUUCAUACUUCGGGGUCUAUUAAAAAUUCGAAAUACAUUUUAACCUUUAAUAUGUUUUCACUACUGAGGUGAAGAAUUAUAGUGUCACACGAGAGCAAAGUUAUUUAACAUUUCGUGUUUUUUAAUCCCUCGCUAAGCUCAAGAUUCUAACUUAGAAUCAUAGAAUCUUUCGCUUACUCGGGACUCAAAAUCAACACUCGCAAGAAAAAUCAACUUUCCUCUCUUGUUGCACAAAUAACUACAGUUGAAUCGUGUUGCUUUGCUUCGACGUUAAAAUAGUGUAUACGGUUUUUUAAUCUCAACCAGUUCGUAUCAAAUACUUUUUUCACCAGAGGGACGCUGCGCUCCAUUUAUACGUACAUCUGACACAUUCUGAAUGUAAACUUAACACCUUGGUGUAUUCGGAUAAUUCCGAAAAGGGACUCUUGUUACAACGAAAUACGAGUGAUUUUUAAAUGAUUUUCGGGGUUACCCAAUUUCGAAAUUACUGAAAAAGGUGUAUUCCAUUUGACAUUUGGAUUACUCCACAAGGCCACAUUAGAAUGGUGAAUAAGGUCAAUUGCUACAGUCUCAAAUAAGAUCUGAAUCGUGCCUAUGUAGAUAGAUAUACAUACUAGAUAUCUAAAAAGUAAGUAAAUGUCUUUAAUUCGUGACAAUUACAUGUUUAAAUUGAUAUCACAAACAUAGUUGUAAUGUUAAAUAAGAUUAAUGUUGUAAUAUAAUGGGUACACAAUUGUGAUAUUUUAAGUGCUUUUUUUACUAAUAGAAUCAAGUUUUUUAAUCAAUUAAUAUUUAUUUAACAGUUUGACUGUUAUACUACUUAUUAAUAUUGUUUGCAUUUUGUACCUAGUUAUUUUAGGUAAACAGUUAUAAUAUGACAAUUUGAAAUAAAGUUAUUUCACAAUCA